CAGCAAAUUGUGGGCCCGGCGGCUCUGCAUCUGUCUCUCUCCUCUCCUUCUCUCUCUGGACGCUCAACACAGUCCACUUUGCGUCCACACCAUUUCCGAGUCACCACUUACCUCUCCACGAAACUACCUCUUCCAUUCUCCCCAAAUAUACUCCAUAUAGCCCGUUUAAGCCUUUUUUUUUUGUUUGUUUGUUUGCUUGUUGUUGAUUUGAAAAACCCAAUUUUUACAUGAAUUAAGCGUAAAUUUUGAUUUCUUGAUCUUUCGUAACUAAAAUUAGUGCUCAAAUGAAGCUGAAAGGCUAAGGUUUAAUGGAAAAUAAGAUGUCAUCAGUUGCAGAGCUGAAAGAGCGGCACAUGGCCGCUACAGAGACUGUCAAUGCCCUCGGAGAUAAAUUAAAACAGAAGCGUCUGCUCCUUCUCGACACUGAUGUUGCAGGAUAUGCGAGGUCUCAAGGGAAGACUCCGGUGACUUUUGGCCCGACCGACCUGGUUUGCUGUCGGACCUUACAGGGUCACACCGGAAAGGUAGCCCUAUAAUUUCGCACUGUCAAA